UAGAAACGUCUUCCCGGGGAAGGGGAUCUAGUGACCGCUGCCGGCUCCCCUUCUUCAGUUUCUGCACAUCGCCGCCUUAAAAUUUCAUCCAGUGACUCGCCGCUUUAAAACGGGCUCUGGUCUGCCUGUAGCGAUGUCUGGGAGGUGUGGCCGCAACUUCCCCCUAGCAACGCGCACUGUUUGCUUGGAUACGGGACCCGGGAGCGGGAGGUUGAUGUGAAGGCAGAGACUGGGAUGUUGCAGCCUCUCAGUGACCAGGACAGCGGCUAUGGAGAGCUUAUUGAUCCUCCACCCUCACUCUGGAGAAUGGUGGAGGAUCUGGUGCCCAAGAGUGAGAGGGCUGAGAUCAAGAGGAUUCUGGGAGAGGCCGCCGUUGACCUCAGUCUGGACCUGUAUGCAGAGAUUGAGGUACUCCUGGAGCUGUGGCGAGAGAUCAGGUCCACGAGCCCAUCCUGCCAUCACAGACCCCUCAGCAGCAGCAGGUCCGUCCUGGCUGACCCACCUGUAAUAAAGGACAUGGUGAGACAGGAGAUCGGGAUGUUACUGCUCAGCGUGAGGAGGAAAGCUCGGCACCAAGGACUGGACGAGGACCAGGCCCUACUGAAAUAUAACCCGGAGGUGGUGAGUUAUGUGACGGGGAUGGAACAGCCAGACAGCCGAGCGCAGUCCAGGAGAAGCGGAUGGAGCCGACCAUCAUCCGGGGUCAGAGCAAGUGAUGAGCGACCCCUCUCCUCCCUCUCAAUGGACUCCAGCAUCAGAGAGGAGCUUGAGGAGCUGAAGGACAAGCUUAAGGUGUCUGACAUUGACGAGGUCGUACUACAUCUCCAAUCUUUAUUUCAUGAGGAGUGUCGUACUCUGGAGAAACACAUUGCAGUUCUGCAGCAAUGCCUAGAGGAAGACUACCUGGAUGUAGAGGACGCGCAGACGCCGCUGACUGAGCCCUCGCUGACAGAGCUGAAGGAGGAGCGGAGAACCAUAGAGAGGGACCUGCAACUAGACCAGUUGCCAGCGACUCCUGUACAGACAUCCAAGAUGGCGUCUACCAGGCUCACAAAGCCGAUAAGGUCACUGGAUCAUGGAAGGAGAUGCUCUUCGGGAGAUCAGGGCUCUAGGUUGUCCCAGAAAAUACCAGUCUCUUCUGGCUUACAUCAAUACAAAGCCUCCUUGGCUCCAUGUCCUCCAGAUCCAAAACUGAGGGUCCCCGACAAUGGAAAAAUUAACAAGUUCUCUGCAGUGCUGGGGUCCCCAUGUUCUACUCUGCCCCGGUCUCUAAUGAAGAGUCCUGCCGCCCUCCCAGGCCCGGAGGCCGCUCACAAGCCUAUGAACCUGUCUGGCUUAGAACGGAUAUCCCAUAACCCCGGCCAGGGCCCAGCCAGUAAAUCAUCUGUCCUGAAUGUUCUCCCUGCACAGAGCGGUCAGCUCAGCGCAGAUACCGUGUUCCUCCCUAUACCUCCCUCCCUUCAGAGGCCAACCAGCAGGACCUCCGCCCCUUCCUUCCGCAGAGUGAGGACACAGCUGCCUUCCUGAACAGAAACACGGAUCACCCGACGGAGCGGCACUCAAUGUACCAGUGACAUGCCACGCACCCACCCACUAGCCGCAGCAGCAGGAACAUACUAUGUCAUGUUGUUUAAUGUUAAAUGAAAUCUUCACAGCUGAGUAGAAACUUAUAGGCCCUACACACUGGCCGAUUUACUGAAAGAUAUGAACGAUCUCGUUCAUAAAUGAACGAGAACUCGUUCAUAUCUUUCAGUGUGGAGACUCCAGCGAUGAACGAUGCGCGGCCCCGCGCUCGUUCAUCGCUGAUCUCCCGUCGGCUGUGCAUGCAGGCCAAUAUAGACGAUCUCGUCCAUAUUUGCCUGCACUUCAAUACAGCCGGGUGACGGGGGAAGUGAAGAAACUUCACUCCCCCCGUCACUGCCCCCCCGCCGCCGGGUUGCUCGUCGGCCGUAUUGGCCGUCGGGCACCUCGGCGGCGCAUCGCCGAGUGAGUAGGGCCCUUUAUUUCUCUAACGUCCUAAGUGGAUGCUGGGGACUCCGUAAGGACC